UAUCAACACUCACAUAAUAUUAUCAUUCAUAACAGACUAAAGUAAGUAUUAUUUGCAAUAAAUAAUCAGUUUCUAAUGAAUAUCUGUUUAUAUCAUAGGAACUGGACUAACCAAAAGGUCCUAUGAAGACUAUUGAUAACUCUACUGCAAAUAGUGAUGUGAUAGAUGAAAGUGGGACCCCUUUACAAAAUAUAGAAUUAGUGAAUGCAAACACUCAAUUAUCAUCAGACAUCAUGGACAAUGAUUCUAAAAAAUUACAGUAUUUAUCUAAAAAACAAGACAAAUUUGGCUAUAUCAAAUAUGUGAGUCUGGUAAUUUUAACCUUGCAAAAUGCCACUUUGGGCCUUAGUAUGAGAUAUGCUCGCACAAGAAAAGUAGAAAUGUUUUCUUCAGCUGCAGCUGUGCUGAUGGCUGAAGUUUUUAAACUAGCAAUCUGUAUUGUGCUAGUGAUACAAGAAUCUCGUAGCAUUAAAAAGGGUUUCCACUCUAUGUAUGCAACGGUCAUAUUAAAUGUAAGAGACACUUUACGGGUCUGUGUCCCAUCAUUUUUAUACAUAAUUCAAAAUAACUUACUCUAUGUCUCCGCAUCAAACCUGGAUGCUGCAACAUAUCAGGUGACAUAUCAAUUAAAGCUACUUACAACAGCUUUCUUUGCUGUUAUAGUCUUAAAAAGGAAACUAAAAAAGUGGCAAUGGUGUGCGCUAGGUCUGUUGGCUGCAGGAGUAGCACUUGUUCAAUUAUCAUCAACUGAAAAUAAAAAUUCGGAAAAGUCGACGGAUGGACAAUCUCGGAUACUGGGGUUUGGAGCUGCAUUAGCUGCAUGCUUCAUAUCUGGCUUUGCAGGAAUCUAUUUUGAGAAAGUGUUAAAGGAGUCCGAUAUUUCUGUAUGGAUGCGAAAUGUACAAUUAAGUCUGCUUUCUCUACCGUUCGGCACAGUUACAUAUUUGAUAAAUAAUGGCGGCUCUAUGAAGACAAUACUGAAAGGGUUUGAUGGAUUUGUUUGGUAUUUGGUGUUGUUACAAGCCGCAGGAGGUUUGAUUGUGGCUGUGGUGGUCAAAUAUGCCGACAAUAUACUCAAAGGAUUUGCCACGUCCGUGGCAAUAAUAAUUUCUUGCGGUGUAUCCAUAUACUUAUUCAAUUUCGUAUUGACUAUACAGUUCGCUGCCGGAACAAUACUUGUUAUAGGAUCCAUAUUUCUUUAUGGGUAUGUGCCUAAGAAACCAGACAACCGGACUUCCUUAAAUGUAUGAUUUUAUUUAUACCUAUUCUUAUUUUUUUUAAACUUUGUACUUAAAAUCACAUAUAAACAGAAGAAAUGUCACAAUUAAGCAGCUAUGUAUUAUAAGUUAGUAUUUUUACUAUUUGCCUAUCAAUGUCAUAAAUAUUAUUUAAUUUAAUUAAAUUACUUUUAAGUAUUAUUUUUUAUUAAGUGUAGUGUCAAUCCGAGUUACUUUAAAAUCCUAUACUCAUUUGUUGCAUUUUCAUCAGUUCUAUACCUACGCUUGGACUCUUAACUCUGACUGUGUGAAAAAAGUGAAGGCUUUCAAAAUGCAAAAGAAGAAAAUAUAAUAGAUGAAUAGUGUCAGAAACAAAAUCGAAACAACAAAGACAUGGAGCCGAUUAUAGUCAUCGAUAUCAGAAACUAAUAUUGCUAUUAUGGUCAACUAAACUUCAUCAGGAAUAAUGGAGCGAAACGAUGAAUUUGAGGUC